AUGGGUCGUGAGGACGAGGAGUUUGGUCUCGUAGUAAUAGGUGCAGGUCUGGGUCGUACUGGUACCAAUAGUUUAAAAAUUGCUCUAGAGUUGCUUUAUAAAAAGCCCUGCUAUCACUUAAAGGAAAUAUACUUGCAUCAACAUUCACACAUCACGAAAUGGAUGGAACUUGAUAGGAAAUUGAAUGAUUCACCAGAUAAAAAACUUGAUAAAGCUCUGUGUCAUAAAAUUUUCAAAGGAUACACGGCUGCCAUUGAUCAUCCUUCAUGUGCAUACUACAAGGAGUUAUUAGAACAUUAUCCUAAUGCAAAAGUUAUUUUAACUGUUCGUGAUCCUGAAAUAUGGUUAGCUGGUUGUCGUUCCACUAUAUUACCUAAAGAUAUAGAUCAACCACGUUCAUGGUCAUUUCAACUUUUAAGAAAAUGUAUCGGUUUACAACAAUUUCAUGAAUUAUUUCUUAUGAAUUGUCGACGUGUAUUUGGUGAGAAUAUGGAUUUUACUGAUGAUACUGCAAUGUUAAAUGGUUUUGUUAAUUGGAAUCAAAAUGUUAUAAAAACUGUACCAUCUGAACGUUUAUUAAAAUUUGACAUAAGUCAAGGUUGGGAACCAUUAUGUAAAUUUCUUAAUUUACCAAUACCGAAUUGUCCAUUUCCUCAUGUCAAUGAAUAUAAUGAAUUAAGACGUUUAUUAAAAUUAGAACAACGUGUAUUAAAAUUUUCACAAUGGAUUUUACCCAUGUUAAUAUUGUUUAUUUUUGCUUAUAUGUUUUGUAAAUUUUUACUCUAA